AUGGCCUCGCGUGCUCCUCUCGCCUUGACGACAUGCGAUUCUGUCGCCUCCCCGCGUGGCCUCCUCUCACCAUCCCGCGCGUGCUCCUCUCGCCUCCCCACGCAUGAGAGGCGAGCCUUUAUAGCGCGCGCUUCACUUGCCUCCCCGCGCCUCCUCCUCUCACCUCCCCGCGCAUCCUCCUCUCGCCGCCUCACGCUUGCUUCUCUCGCCUCCCCGCGCGAACUCCUCUCGCCUCCCCUCGUGUGCACCUCUCACCCCCCUCUACCGCCUCUCUUGCCUCCCCGUGCAGCCUCCUCUCACCUCCCUGCGCGUGCUCCACUCGCCUCCCCUCACGUGGUCCUCUCACCUCACCUUGUGUGCUCCUCUCGCCUCCCCACGCAUGCUCCUCUCACCUCACCUUGUGUGCUCCUCUCGCCCCCCCACGCGUGCCCCUCUAAGAUGCCUCUGGAAUGUGGGACGCUCCUCUCGCAACGGCUGUGCUUCCGCAUCCCCUCUGCACGCCCUCUUUCCCCACCCUGCUUGCCCACGUUUCCCCACCUUGCAGUCCCUCAAAAGCCCUCGAUGCAGGCCCUCUAUUUCCCACCUGAGGGCCCACGUUUCCCCCUCUGGAACGCCCACACUUCCGACCCUUCCAUCGCAUACGCGUUCAUUUCCCCUUCCCACAUCUCCGCAUUCCUCACCUCCCCUUCCCCCAUCUCCGCAUUCCUCACCUCCCCUUCCCCCAUCUCCGCAUUCCUCACCUCCCCUUCCCCCAUCUCCGCAUUCCUCAUCUCCCCAUCGCUCAUCUCCCCAUCCAUCACCUCCCCGUCCCUCUCCUCCCCAUCCCACAGCUCCCCAUCCCUCAUCUCCCCAUCCAUCACCUCCCCCUCCCCAUCCCUCAUCUCCCCAUCCAUCACCUCCCCGUCCCUCAUCUCCCCAUCCCUCAUCUCCCCAUCCCUCAUCUCCCCAUCCAUCACCUCCCCCUCUCCCUCCUCCCCAUCCCACAGCUCCCCAUCCCUCAUCUCCCCAUCCAUCACCUCCCCGUCCCUCUCCUCCCCAUCCCACAGCUCCCCAUCCCUCAUCUCCCCAUCCAUCACCUCCCCGUCCCUCUCCUCCCCAUCCCACAGCUCCCCAUCCCUCAUCUCCCCAUCCAUCACCUCCCCGUCCCUCUCCUCCCCAUCCUACAGCUCCCCAUCCCUCAUCUCCCCAUCCAUCACCUCCCCGUCCCUCUCCUCUCCUUCCCACAGCUCCCCAUCCCUCAUCUCCCCAUCCAUCACCUCCCCGUCCCUCAUCCCCCCAUUCCGCCCCAGCCCAUUCCGCCCCACCCCAUUCCGCCCAUCCCCCUUUCACCGUUUUACCAUACGGUCAUACCCCAAUCCGCCGGCUCCCCUUCACCUCCACCCCGUCACCUCUCUCCUCACCUGGUGUGCUCCUCUCUCCUCACCUUGUGUGCACCUCUCUCCUCACCUGGUGUGCUCCUCUCUCCUCACCUUGUGUGCUUCUCUCUCCUCACCUGGUGUGCUCCUCUCUCCUCACCUGGUGUGCGCCUCUCUCCUCACCUGCAGUGCUGCUCUCGCCUCCCUGCGCGUGUACCUCACCCUAUCCAUCCUGAAUCGCCGUCGUCCCGUGCUCCCCUCUGACCGGUGGCCUGCUCCUCUCUCCUCACCUCCCGUGCUCCCCUCUGACAGGUGGCCUGCUCCUCUCUCCUCACCUCCCGUGCUCCCCUCUGACAGGUGGACUGCUCCUCUCUCCUCACCUCCCGUGCUCCCCUCUGACAGGUGGGGUGCUCCUCUCUCCUCACCUCCCGUGGUCCCCUCUGACAGGUGGCCUGCUCCUCUCUCCUCACCUCCCGUGCUCCCCUCUGACAGGUGGCCUGCUCCUCUCUCCUCACCUCCCGUGCUCCCCUCUGACAGGUGGCCUGCUCCUCUCUCCUCACCUCCCGUGCUCCCCUCUGACAGGUGGCCUGCUCCUCCCUCCUCACCUCCCGUGCUCCCCUCUGACAGGUGGGGUGCUCCUCUCUCCUCACCUCCCGUGGUCCCCUCUGACAGGGCAUGGUGGCCUGCUCCUCUCUCCUCACCUCCCGUGCUCCCCUCUGACAGACGUACUCCUCGGAGACGGCUGACGCUUGGAUUCAGGGUUGGGGAGGAGGGAUCCGAGGAUGAUGAGGAGGAGAGGGGUCGGCGACGUGGACCGGAGUCGAGGGUCACGACAAUCCUCCACCCGCUCCUGCUGAUGCUGCUGCUCCUCCUCUCCCCCUAUCCAUCUCGGCAUUCUCUCCGCCCUCACCCUCUCCCCCUAUCCAUCUCGGCAUUCUCUCCGCCCCUCACCCUCUCCCCCUAUCCAUCUCUGCAUUCUCUCCGCCCCUCACCCUCUCCCCCUAUCCAUCUCUGCAUUCUCUCCGCCCCUCACCCUCUCCCCCUAUCCAUCUCGGCAUUCUCUCCGCCCCUCACCCUCUCCCCCUAUCCAUCCCUGGAUUCCUCCGCCCUCACCCUCUCCCCCUAUCCAUCUCGGCAUUCUCUCCACCCCUCACCCUCUCCCCCUAACCAUCUCGGCAUUCUCUCCGCCCCUCACCCUCUCCCCCUAUCCAUCUCUGCAUUCUCUCCGCCCCUCACCCUCUCCCCCUAUCCAUCUCUGCAUUCUCUCCGCCCCUCACCCUCUCCCCCUAUCCAUCUCGGCAUUCUCCCCGCCCCUCACCCUCUCCCCCUAUCCAUCUCUCCAAUGGUAGAAAUGCACAGCAAGACGGUCAGCAACGGUGACCUCCUUAUCCCUCGCCUCUAUCUCUCCCUCACCAUCGACGCCUCCACCGUCUCCACGGCUUGUUCUUCUCCUUUGCCUUCGCCGUCCCCACCUCCUGGGAGUUUCUUCGUCCGGGGCAGCCCCUACGCCCUCUUCCUCCGCCGCCCCAUUCGUUGUGGCUUGGGUGCCUCCCACGUCUUCGGGCGCCGUCGCUCCCUGAGCCCCACCCUGGUUGCCUGCACAUAA